AUGCAAAGGGUUCCUGGACACAAGGAGCGGCUUGUGCAUGGGGAUUCAGAGAAGCAGAGGCUUUGGUUCGUGCUGAGGAAGAAGGAACGCAACAUAUCCUUCUUGCACGUUUACCACCACUCGACUCAAGUUUUCAUCUGGUGGAUCGGGGUCAAGUUCGUGCCCGGAGGACAAUCUUUCUUCAUCGGCUUCAUCAACUCGAUGGUGCACAGUGUGAUGUACACGUACUACCUCAUCGCGUCCCUUGGAGACAAGUACAAGAAGUUCCUGUGGUGGAAAAAGUAUCUCACGGGGAUGCAGAUGCAAUCGUCCAUUCCUUACGAAGAGCCGUCGCAUUGCCGCAUUUCGUAA